AUGCGCCUCAUCAAGCAGAACAUCGAGCGCAAAGAUGGCUCCGGCUCGGCAACGCUCCUGCCAGAGGAACCCGAAGACAUGUGGCAUGCGUACAACCUCAUCCGCGAAAAUGAUCUCCUCCGCGCCUCAGCCGUGCGCAAAAUCAUCACCGAGUCCGGCGCAGGCAGUCGAUCCGUCGACCGAGUACACACCACUUUGACCAUCCGCGUGACCAAAACCGACUUCGACCCGCAAGCCGGCCAACUACACGUCUCCGGCCGAGUGGCGGAGGAGAACAAGCAUGUCAAGCUCGGCGGCUUCCACACCCUCGAUCUCGAGCUACAUCGGAACUUCACGCUGGAAAAGGCGGAUGGGUGGGAUAGCGUGGCGCUCGAUACGUUGAAAGAGGCCGUGAAUCAGGAUGCGAAGGCGGAGCUCUGGGCCGUCAUUAUGCAAGAGGGUUUGGCGAACAUUUGCCUUAUUACAGAACACCAGACGAUCCUGCGGCAGCGGAUUGAAGUCAGCCUUCCGAAGAAGCGCGCAGGCUCCACGGACCACGAGAAGCAGCUGCAGAAGUUCUUUCAGACUACGUUUGAGUCUCUCCAACGGCUAAUAGAUCUGGUGGACCCCAAGCCGUUGCUCUUGGCCAGCCCAGGCUUCACGGCGAGUAGCUUUCAGCAGUACAUCAAAGCACAAGCGGCGUCCGGAGGCGAUAAACGAAUACAACGGCUUCUACACAAGAUUGUCGUCGUGCACUCCGCCUCUGCGCACCUACACAGUCUCGGCGAGGUUCUCAGCAGUACAACCGUGACGAAGCAGCUCAGCGACACGAAGUUCGCGCGAGAAACGCAACUCAUGGAGCGCUUCUUCGAACUGAUGCGCAACGAUGAUGCGCGAGCGUGGUACGGGCCGAGAGAGUGCGAGGCGGCGGUGGAGCGAGGAGCGGUGGGAAAGGGAGGCGGCGUUCUGUUAAUAUCCAACGCGCUGUUCCGAAGCCAGGAGAUCAAGACUCGGCGUAGAUGGGUGAGGCUUGUGGAUGAGGUGAAAGAUCAAGGGGGUGAGGUGCGGAUAUUAAGCAGUAUGCACGAGAGCGGGAAGAGGCUGGAAGGACUUGGUGGGAUUGCGGCGAUUUUGACCUUUCCCAUCGAAGACCUGGACGGGGGAGACGAAGGUGGGGAUGAGAAUGGUGGCGAGUUCAUUCACAACGGUGAUGAUGCCGGACCGCUGCAUGGUAUCGAGGGUAGGACGGAGCACGUGGACAUCGACAUAUAA